UGAUCAACGCGAGGUCUUGGCAUCUCGAAGCGAACGAAGCCGAACGAUAUAAACGCCUUCCCCGUCGCCCCAAGGCAUCGCGGUCAGCCCAAGGUAUCUCAGCAAGGCAUCUCAGCAAGACAUCUCAGCUGCUCCAAAAUAUCCAGCAUGGCUUCCACCGUCGACCGCCGUUUCACCACCACCGGCAACGAGCUGCCUGGCUUCGCGAUCAGACAGAAUCUCGGCAUGGUCCGCGGCAUCACCGUCCGGAAUCCCAACGUCGGCAAGGCCAUCAUCGGCGGCUUUGCUGCCCUGGCAGGCGGCGAGAACUCCAUCUAUCUCGAGAUGGCCGAAAAGUCGAGAGAAACGGCCUUUGUGCGGCUGUUGCAACAGGCUGCCCAGGUUGGCGGAAACGGAGUCAUCGGCAUCCGGUUCGACUGCCAGGAAGUCGUCCAGGGAAUGACCGAAGUGUGCUGCUACGGCACAGCCGUUGUCAUUGAGAAGUGCUAGCCCGUCAGUCCGCUUUGAUUAUUCCCCAGCACGCCACUCAUUGGCGAUGCAGGCCGAGCAAAUGCACCAGAACCUCCACCCGACCGCGAGGCCAGCCUGUUGUCGAGUCGGGGUAGUCACUCUUUCUGGAUCCUGAAUACACACCCAUCCACUGUCUAUCACGACCAAACGGCAUGGCCAAACAGAGCAUAUGACCCUGGAGACG